AUGCCCUCACCGCACCGCUCCACCUCGCGCCCGCUCCCGCUCGGCAAGCCCUCGUCCGCCGCCCCCGCCGCCCCCGCCGCGCCGCUGCUGCUGCCCUCAGACGACCCGGCCACGUUCCUGACGCUCAUGGCCGACACGCUGCGGCUGUCCAGCGAGACGCUGACAAUGGCCUACGUGUACAUCCACCGCUACAAGCGCUGGUGCGCCGACACCGACUCUGCUGCCGCCGACAGCUCGCCCUCGCCAGACAGCGCCGGCGCAGACACCGACGCCCGGCAGCCCGUCUCUGACCUCCUCGACGAACACAACCAAGCUAACGCCCCCGGCCCCCCGGGUACCCGCCCCGCCCCGGCCACCGCCCACCAGACCCUCUCCCUCGCCUCCCUCUCCCUCGCCACAAAGGCCACCGAGUCGCCGCGGCGCCUGCGCGAAUUCCUCAUCCCCGCCUACACCCUCCAGCACCCCACCAGCCCCCCACUCACCUUCCCCUCGCCGCUCUACGACGCGCUGCGCUCCACGCUCGUCACCGCCGAGCUCCUGCUGCUGCGCGUCCUCCGCUUCGAGCUGCGCCUGCCCCUCCCCUACGAGUAUCUCCCGCGCCUGCUGGAGCGCGCGCUCACGCUGUCCGACGCGCCGGCGGCCGAGGAGGAGCGCCUCGAGUGCCGCGUCGUCGACUGGAAGGAUACGGCGCUGGGCCGCGCCGUGUGGGUCAAGGUCGCGCAGGCCAUGACGAGGUAUCGGGUUUGUAAUUUUUUCCCGGCUAGGGCGGUUGCGGCGGCGUGUGUGUACUAUGUGGCGGUUGUGGAGAGGGGGCUGAGGGCGCCCGGGGGCGCCGAGGUGUGGGUGCGUAGGGUGGCGGGGGAGAGGGUUGAGUGGGAGGAUUUUGUGGAUGCGUUGGAGGAGAUUAGGGCUUUGACGGCGGUGUAG